UCAUUUGUCACUUGCUAAAAUUUGGAGCAACUGACCCAUAAGAAGUGGAUUGUAAGUUCUACUGUCAAUUCUUCAAAGUUAUCUGUAGGUGUUUAAACCUUGAUGCACCACAAAGAGUAUAAUAUAUUAACCAGCAAUAGGAUGACAUUUCUACUUCAUUACCCUGAUGGCUCCAGAUAUAUCAUCAAUAUGUUUAGAGCAAAGGUGCAACUAUACUAAUGGGUCUUUGUGUCUGCAGAUGUGGACUGGGAUGCUCCCCUGAAUCUACAGAAUUUACUAACUUCAUAGCUGACUGAGUUUUAAUUACACAUUGAGGACUUGUGAGCAAAUCUUUGGAAGAACAUUUGCUUUCAACUUAUUCUGUUAAGUGUAAAAUGAGCUAUUGGAAUUAAGUAGAUUUAUGUAUUAUAUAUAACCUUUGUCUUGAUCAGCACUUAUCUAAGCUGAGGGAAUAACUUUCCACUUGUUUUGUCCUGUUCAACAUCUUCCACAAAUUCAAGGAGCUUUAUUCAGCUGAACUUUUCAAACUUUGGAGGAUAUAUUCUUCAGCACAUAAUGAGGUGUUGGGUAUGGCUCCUAGUGGCCACACUUCUGUGCCAGCAACUUGCAUUCUUCCAUGUCCUGGCUGCUAAAAGGGAACGCAAAAAGGGAAAAGACCCACAGCAGUUCACUGAACCGUUUAAUGUCACCUUAUCCAACAGUGAGGAGUUGGAAGAUCCAGACAAGUUUUCUGAGGAACCAGAUCCUGAAAUGACAGAUCCUCACAUAACCUGGUUGAAGUUUAUUAAGCGAACGGAAGAAAGUGCAAAUUCCAAAAAGAAAUGUAAAGGGAAAGACAAGAAAUUACGUGGUCCAUCUGGCCCACCAGGCCCACCCGGCCCUCAGGGACCACCUGGACCUCCCGGAAUGCCAGGAGCGGAGGUUACACAUGAAGUUUUGCUGCAUGAGUUCAAACAGAUGAUUAAGGAGGCCACAGAGCGGCGUCUAAUGUCGGGGGACAUUCCAGAACACACUAGUGAAAUCACACCAAUAGUUCUUCCUGUUGAGGACCUGUCUCCAUACAGACGGGUAGAUGAGGCUUUUCACUGCAGGCUGAAGGGACCAGUGGUUGUAGAUAAGAAGACAUUGGUCGAACUUCAGAAUUUCCAGACGCCAACAGCUAAGGGCUCUUUCCUGCGGGGCUCUGGGUUGAACUUAGCAACAGGCCGUUUCACAGCAACAAUACCUGGGAUUUACCAAUUCUCAGCCCAUGUUCACAUAGAUCACAGUGAAAUGAAAAGCAAGGGGCAAUUGCGCCCUCGGGACAAUGUACGAGUUCUUAUAUGCAUUGAGUCCCUAUGUCACCGUUACACAUCCUUGGAAGUCAUUGCAGGUUUGGAAAGUAACAGUAAAAUAUUUACUGUGCACGUUCAAGGAUUGCUGCAGCUGCAGCCUGGCCAAUAUACAUCUAUAUUUGUGGACAACAGUGCAGGAGCGCCAGUCACUGUUCAAAAUGGUUCUGAUUUUAUGGGUAUUCUGAUGGGGAUAUAAUCAGACCUCAUAUGGGCUAUUGGAUUUUGACUUCAGAUGACGGACUAACCCAUUAUUCACACACCUGCAAUGAAAGAAGCUUUCACAUUAUCCAUCUGGAAUUUGCUUCUGUUUUACUGCUUGCCAAUUACAGAGCAGGAAAAAAAAACUGGCAUAUAUCAUUUUCCUGCAUCUACUGCUUCUGAUUCCGACCCCGCCUGAGAGACCUGCAACGUAUUAUGAUCAUACUACUGGGCAAUUCCUUGCACGCCCAAUAUCAGUGAAUGGUAUUAUAUUUACCGUAAAAGACUUUGUAAAGAAAAUAUUAAUGAAUUAAGAGAACCUUUCUGUGUUGCUUAUAAUUUUGUUUGGUUUAUAUUAAAAGAAAAUAAUGGAAUAAGAAGCACUCCAGAAAAUGAUUUUGGAAACGGAAAGGACAAUUCUUCCAUACAAUAUAAGUAAGAUAGUGGACACACUUGUUAUGAAUCGAUAAAUGGAAGACACUGUCUUUUGAAUGUGCUUAAGUUGCUCUUCUGAUAUUGAGGAAUGAGAGAAGAGGACAAUGAAUGACAUCACAGGACUGAAUUAGUGCUUCAUUCAGCCCUGAUGUUGUGACACACAGUGACUCAGAUUGUAAGCUUAAGAGCUUGUAUUGUUUUAUCUAUUAAAGUAUUGCAUAUAAUGGGUGUAUGUUAAUAAACAGUCUGUUCACAUUUAUCAUUA